UCCACUUUCCCACCGCGGGGAAGUUCUAUUGAUUCCCUUUCACCACACACUCUCUCUUAUUCUCUGUCCAUGGGCACAUGGGCUGGUACUGAGUACCCAUGGACCUCGAUGUCAUAGACAACGGCGUCAAGUACAACGAGAUCCUUACCCAGGUGUGUAUACUUAUCACUCGCACUUUCGCACCGAACCCUUCAUUAAUCAUUUGGCUGGCUCAUCAGAUCUCCGUUAAUCUUACCAAUGCGCUGACUACUUUCGGUUCCUCCUCCAAACAAUACCAGACAGUUCUAGAAAUCCUCAAAGAUUGCCUCCGGAAUAUCGAAAGCGAUCGAAAAAAAACCUCUCUUUCUUUGGAUCCGGAUACAUUGAGUCUGGCAAUGGGUUUCUUGGACAUUGGGAAGUAGGCCCUCUCUACCGACAAAGGCACUCAAGAGUCCACGCCCUAUCCAAUAUUAGUAUCUGGACAACUUUUGAGAUAUGACGGGGGCAUAGAGAGCAGUUGAAUAUGACUACCGCUUUCUGGGAGACAAGAAAGACUGGUCGGAAUAAGAUAAACAGCCUUACCAUACUGCGGAUGCACG